AUGCAUUGCAAAUCGUCGUUCAAAUCAUGGGUGGUCGUCUUUAGCAUCCUUGUCUUUCUGACGGUCACAUCUUCCAUAGGCAUUACUGUUCCAGCUAUAAGCUCAGCCAAUGUGAAACUGCUAUCAUCAUCCAGAAACUUACUCAACUGUGUCGGCUAUAGAGCGUCGAAAGAUGACUUGAUAUUUGUACAUUUGAAGACCGGUGAGAGACAGACCUCCCAAAAAUUGAAUUUGAGGGUGCUUGACUGUGACAAUAAUGUGCUUCGAGCUGCAAAUGACAUAGUUGGUGAUUUAUCCUUCAUUUUCACUAACCUCAAUAGCCCACUACAAAUCGCAGAUGACCACCAUUUUAAUUUUCUAGAUAGAUUCAAUCCAAGACGAGAUAGAGCUCGUAAGGAUAAGACUGAAGUGAAGUAUGGAGAGCUUUUGGAUUCCUUUGCGGAAAGUUCCUUAGUCUACAUAUGCUUCGAUAACGUUUUCUACGACAGGUCGUGGAGCUUCAAGCAACAAACUCGUGAUAUUGAUCUUCGCGUACAGAUAAAAAACGCUAGUACAGUGCUGAAUGUCAAUUACAACGAGUUUGCCAAAUACUUUUCAAGAAUCUCGCUCGCUGAAGACAGAGGUACAAGUUCUGCAAUCACUAAACUUGAGUUCACAGAAGAAGACUUUGAAGAAGCAACAAGCAUGCUCACUGCACAGUUAGAUAAAGUCAGCGAGCAACUCAAAAGUUCCGAGAGAAUUUUGAAUACCUUAAAGGAGCAUGAGUCUCAUCUUCGUGAUGUAAAUGAGGCGAUCUUCGCAAAAUACACAACAACGUCCAUUGCUGUCCUUUUGUCCAUAGUUAUCUUUGGUUUGUUGCAGAUUACAUUUUUUAAAGUCUAUUUGAAGCGCAAACGGAUAUUAUAG